ACGGCGUGCGGGUCUGGAAGCACGUUUUCUAUUAAAUUGUCGUUUUCUGUUUAAUUGGAAUAGUUUUGUUCGCUCAAUUGUUAAAAUGAAAGUAGAAGCUAAAACCGACAAAACCAAGCGGAAACUGUCUAGAAAACAAAAAAUUGUGAACCGAUUUAUUAACAGCUGGGUAGAAAGUGAUAACAACACAUUAAAACAAACAGAAUCAUUCAAUAAAAAUGUAAAGCCAAACGAAGAUGAGAAUUCAAAUGUAAAUUCGGCUGUCGCACAGUUUCAAGACCCACAUCUGGAUCCAGCUAACAUCGAAAGAAUUCGGAAUGUCAUCGGAUACAUGUACAACGAUGAUAGAAUAUCACUCAAGUUAACUUUUGAACAGGCUGGUUUAUUGCUUGAACCGACCUACGAUGAGAAAAGUAAAAUUUUUAGAUUCUUGGUCAAUGAUAAGGAAAUCUGCCAGGCCUCUGGAGAACAACAAGAAGCACACACCAAAGCUCGUAACAAGUUGGUGGAAAUCCUAAACUACUAUUGCUACACCGUCAAGAGAUUGAAGGAAUUUCACACUCGAAGAAAUGUUUUCCAAAAGAUAAUAGCAAAUCAGCCGAAUGAUAAACACAAGUUCAAGGACAAUGCCCUAAAGGAGGGGAACAUUGGUUUCCAGAUGCUUCAGAAGCAAGGUUGGACCGGUGGCUCCCUGGGUGCCAGCGAGAAUGGCAUUUUGGAACCGAUAGGAGUCAAAAAGAAGACGGACAAAUCUGGUCUUGGAGCUGUCGAGGAACCACAAGGUCCGCAAAAGAUUCCUCUGGAAGCAUUCUUUUUGGCAAUCAAACGAUACGCUUCCGGAAAUGCUUUGUACGACCUUGUAUUCAGCACCCAGUUUUCCAAACAUCAAGUUAUCAAAUUGAAAGACUACGCUUCUACGCUUAAACUGUUUCCUCAAAUAAUUGGAAAGAAGAAGCAAUUGGUUAUUAGCAAAAAACUAACUAUUAGUCAGAUAAAAAUCGGAGUAAUUAAAGGUCACUCGGACCUUUGCGCCAAAUACGCAGUUAUUCCGCCAUUAUGUGAGAAAUAUAAGUAAGAGAAACAGAAUAUAUACCUACUAUAACGUUCAACUUCAAA